AUGAAAAAAACGCCAUCAACCAGUCGAAAAGAUCCUAGUGAUGCUGAUCUGAAUCAAUUACAAAUUACUGUUUUAUUACUUCAAGCUGAUGCAUUGGAACAUGAUGAAGCUGUACGGCAAGAACUUCAACGAUGGGGAUUUCAAGUACAACAACAGAUGCUGAUUUCUUUGUCACCGGAAGCAGCACAAACUUUUGUCUUGGAAGUAUGCAACUUGAACAGUAUUCGAUAUCAAAAUCCACUUGCUGACAAAUUAAUUUGUAACGAGACGUCGAGUGUGGUUUUGACAGAAGUUGACGACUUUGCCAUUCAAGCAUUAUCGAGUGGUCCAACACUUGUCCUAGGUGUUGCAAAGUCAAACGCAGUUGCUGACCUGAUUAAACUUGUUGGUCCUGCUGAUCCUGCAGCCUGGAAUGAAAGUGCAACUCCAUGUCUUCGUGCUCAAUUUGCUAAAGACGCACCUCGAAAACUCGGACUUCGAUGUAGUGAAAACGCGGCAACUGUACAAGAAGAACUUAACUUUCUGUCGCAACACACUAGCGACUUUACUACGACACGACGCAAGGAUCUGUCGCUGGAACUUGAACAUGUUUCAAAAUUAAAUGCUUCAGUGGCGUUAAAGCAUCUUUUACACUUUGUUUUUCCUCCUCACUUGCAACAUGCAACUUCAGCUGGUCGAUUAUUUGUUUUUGGACUAUAUGGUCCUUUGGAUGCAAAUUGUAAGUUGCGGAGUGGAAUCAAAGGUUUGCAUGAAGUCACAGAUCGUGAAGUGAAGAUUAUGGCUACACGCAUGGAACGAGAAGAUCUUCUUGCAGUGUAUCAAAUGGGUGCAUUGAUACAAGAGGAAGAAGAUCAAGUAGUGCGUCAAUUUGAUCACAUGUUGACGCGUUUUCCACAAUAUACGCGACGUGACAUUAUCACGUUAUUUGCUGGAUUGCCCCGUGAUACUGACGGCAACUUGAGUUUUCACGAAAUGCAACAGAUCAUAUUUAACGAACGAUUGCGUCGUGUUGCAUGUAUGAAAGAAUGGGUACAUCCAGCACUUGCCAAAUGUGUACGUAAUCCAUUUGCACGCACGUUAAGUGUAACUCAGAGUGAUGGUCUUGUGAAUGGUGCACCUGCUAGCAUGUUUUGUAAAAAUGUUGGAAACACAAACAGUGCAAAUGCCACUUAUGUCGCACGUUUGUUGCAUUCGCAAGUGUAUCAAAUUUGCCACAUGGAAGAUGGCAAUUCUCCCCAUUUGACUCAGAAUGUUCGUCUUAUUCGAUCUGAUAAUUCUCAGACUUGUAAAAUUCCAUGGAACUCAAGUUGCCGAUUUCAAAGGACGGAAUUAAGACCUCCUGGUUCGGGCAAGACAACGUACUGCAAUGGAAUGCAGCAAUUCCUGCAAGCUAAAGGUCGAGAUGUGGCUGUAGUUAAUAUGGAUCCAGCUAAUGAACAAUUACCAUACGUUGCUGAUAUUGACGUCGCUGAGAUGGUUUGUCUUGAGAAAGUGAUGGAAGAGCUUGAUUUAGGUCCAAAUGGUGGUCUUGUGUAUUGUAUGGAUUACAUCGACAUGAACUUUGAGUGGUUAGAAGAGAAGCUUACAAUGCUACAGAACAAAUAUCUUCUAUUUGAUUUUCCUGGACAAGUUGAGCUUUAUACUCAUACCACUAGUGUUCACAAUAUUCUUCACAAGUUACAAAAAAUUGGGUACCAUCUUGCAGUUGUACAUCUUGUCGAUGCUCAUCAUUGUACCGAUAGCUUCAAAUUCAUUUCUGUGGUCAUGUUAAGUUUAUCAUCAAUGGUACGACUGGAAUUACCACAUAUCAAUGUAUUUUCAAAAGUUGAUUUGAUGGAACAAUAUGGCAAACUUGCAUUCAAUUUAGACUUUUAUACCGAUGUCCUUGACUUACGUUAUCUACUCAAUCGUUUCGAUGAUUCUGAUGAAUUUCAAGACACGACAUCACAUUGUUUGGAAUGUCCAAAGAUUCAAAAACAUCUUUCAAAACGAUUUGAUCAAAUGACUGAAGCAUUGAUUCAAGUAAUUGAAGAUUUUAGUCUCGUUUCUUUUCUUCCUUUACAGAUUCAAGAUCCAAUGACAUUAGAAAAAGUGAAUGCAGCAAUUGAGAAAGCAAGUGGUUAUGUCUAUCAAAGUCAAGACUUUCAAGCUGGAUAUGUCAAAGAUAUCACAUUGGAAGAUUCAAUUGUACAUGAAAUUCAAGAGAAAUAUCUAAACUAA